AGGUCCAGUCCCGUAUACCGUUCAGAAAAUCGGGACCGGAUUUUUUUACCACGUGUGAAUGUUUGAAAAAUUAAUUAGUAUCGAUGAUUAUCAAUUAAAACUCGUAGAUAUUGUUUCGAACUCGACUAUUUUAAAAGAAGUAUUUAAAUCUUUGACUGUGAAGGUGACAUAGUGAUUGUUUUGCAAAUUUCGAUAGAAAGUAAAAAAAUUAGUGUAAGGAUUUGAAUAUACAGAAUUAAGUGCAGUGAAUUCGUGUUUGCUAUUCCUUUUACGCGAGUAAAUAUGAGUGUGUAUUCGGCAUGGAUCACCAGCGUUUUAAAGUGCUUACUUUUUGUGUUGCUUUUCACGCAAGGUUCCAGUUCAAAAUUUUUUGGAAAUUCUUCAAGCAAUUUUGUGGAAAGGUGUAGAAGAGACUGUGCGAUUCAAAGAGAUGCGGUUAUAUGUGGAAGGUAUCGAGUGGUUCGGUGGUUGCAGGAUGCAAAGGAAAAGGAAUUCAGCUAUGGGCCUUUUAAGUUAGUCAGAUUACCAUCAUUGGAGGACAAUUCCAUGUUUCCAAAAUUACCGAAAGUGAAUGAAACGAAUAACAGUUUAGUGGCCACAUUAAGUUUUGUGAGAGAUGCCGCCGAAGACAUGUUGACAAAACGUGCUCUUGUGUAUACAGUGGAACCUACAACAGGCGCAAGAAGCCUUUCUUCGGGGCCUAUAGUCGUCGAUGAAGACGAAUUCAGUAAAAUGAAACUACAAAAAGAAGGCACCAAGCGUCUUUUCAAAAAGAAGAAGAUGCUUCUAUUUCCAAUCUUGAUUUUACUGAAGCUACUCAAAUUGAAACUGCUCAUUCUACCAAUAUUCUUGGGUGUCCAUUUCAUCAAGAAGAUGCUUGUAAUCGGAACGUUGCUUAUUCCUUCAAUACUUUCUCAUUUGAAGAUCUGCAAAGUUGCUCCUCAUUAUCCUGCUCCUCAAGCGUGGGCAACAGCUGCAGAAGCUCCUGUCGAUUAUCCAACAGGAUAUGGCCAUGAUGAAGCACCAUGGAUUCACAGAAACGACAUUUACUCUGGUCACCAAGCAGGGUACUCGAAUCCUUUCGGAGGAUAUUUUCAAGGUCGGUGAUAAAUCGGUCGUGCUUUGAAUGGUUUAGUGAUAACUUCUAAAGUGUGAGUGUGCAAAUGUUUUAGUGAAUUUAUUACGAGGGGUUUAUUACUCGGAUGUUUGGUGCAAACUAGCUAAAUUUCAAGAUUGCAAGAUUGCAUAUGAUUACAAAAUACUCCAUCGAUUAUAUAGAAUACAAUGAUAGCAUAAUCAUUAUUGGAAUAUAGUGUAAUACAAAAAUAUUCAAAGAAUUAAUGUCAAUAGUAUAGAGAAACAGAAAAAAUCUGUGAAUCCUUCAGAUAUCUUUAAAAUUGUUUGAAAUCUAAUUUAAAUGCAUGAAAAUCUUCGGAAUCUCUUCAAAUACCAUGAUACUUUUUAAAAUAUUUAUAAAUCUAUUGAAAUAUAUUGAAAUUUGUAAAAUGCCCCCUAAUACGUAAAAUGAUUGGAAAUCAUAUAAAUAUUAAUACUUACUGCUUGAAUUUUGUAAGAUUCUUUAAAAUUCCUUAAAAUCUAUGAAAAUCCUACGAAAUUUGUUAAGAUCCUUUUGACCGUUUGAUAUGGCUUGAAAAUCUAUUUCAUCUUUUGAACUUAAAAUCCUUUGAAAUUGUAGAGGUCCUUCCAAAUCUCUCAAAACAAAACUUAGUUUAUUCUGUAAAGUAUCAGCUAUUUUAAUUGCCUUUAAUAUAAAUUGAAUUAAACUUAUUAAUUACAGUUCUUUAAAAAAAACUGUUCAAUUCUCCGAAAAAUCUUUGAAAUCUUUGAAGCGUGCAUAAAAUCUUUAAA